AUGAAAGAAUUUGUUCCUUUUGUAAUGCAAACUGAAAGAGGAGAUGUACAGUUGACCCAACUGAGUGAUCCAUUAUGGGUAUACAAUUAUAUUUUAGAGCGUGUCGCUCGUGUCAGCAAGCGUUCAGUUUGGCGCAUUCGUGAUAAGGUGCGCAGCAUUGAAAAGACCCAUACACCAAGUUAUGAACGACUACAUCAUGAUGUCACCCGGCAUGCGAUCCAUGUUACUGAAAGCCUGGAUGCUACAGUAAACACUUUGGAGCAUAUCUUGAGAUGCCAUGAUAGCCUUGUCAGCCCUCAAAGAACGAGUACAGCUUUGUAUGGUAAAGAACUGGCCUUUGAGGUCUGGGAAGAUGUCCACACACGACUGGCAUUUUUCCAGAGCUAUCUCGGUAAUUUGAGUCAUCAAGCAGCUGCAAACGAGAAGCGCGUCCAUAACGAGAUUGAGAUGGCUUUCAACAUGGGGGCUCAAAAGAGUACGCAGAUCGCUCAAAAGAAUACGCAGAUCGCUCUUGAAGACAGUGGCACUAUGAAAACCCUUUCCUUGGUUACUCUUACUUUCCUACCUCCAACCUUUAUAUGCGCAGUCUUCAGCAUGUCCUUUUUCAACUAUGCUGACUCUGGUUGGAGAGUCUCGGGAAAGAUCUGGAUCUAUUGGGCUUGCGCCAUACCCACGACGCUGCUGACAGUUCUUAUAUGGCAUAGUUGGACCAAGAUUUUUCCAUUGAAUAGGAGGGCGCGAGGUGGGGCACGGCGAUCAAGAUAUAGACUUUCCGAUAAGAUCUGA